AUGUUCUCAAAUACGCCGUUACGAUCCAAGAGUAGAGACAGACACGCUGGUGGCCUCAAGUCGCGUAAGAGCGUGCAAUGGCAAACAGAGACCGAAAAACACGACCCUCAAACGUCGACUCUGGAAGGAAAUAGAAGCCCCAGGCAACCACACAACUCGUCCGAACUGUCGUUAGACGGAUCCAAGCGACAUCAGGAUUUUUAUGACUACAGUGAGGAGCAGGCCUUGUUCGAUUUGCUGCAAUCAGAUCCCGAAAAGGUGACCCAGAUGCUCACGGAGAUGGACAUCUCUGAAGAGGAGGAACAUGGGCUACAGCAGGAAGACAAAGCAUCUCUCGUGAACACAAUUCAAGAACUGGCCUUAAAAGGGGCCGAGUACACGGGGGACGCGUUGCGCAAGGGCGUCACUCCUGCCGUCAAGGCUCUCCUGGCUGCGGCAUUCUUCUACUACGUCGCUACGCAUGUUUCGUUACCUGGUAUCGGCAACAACAACAAGAUCCCAGCAUUCGAGCCUCCGGUCGAACCACCACAAGACAUCUCCGAGCUGUCUAGCCGACUACAGAGACUCGAAUCUGAGCUGUCUCGCGUUGGUUCGGAUUCAGAUAGCUCUUCUGAAUGGAUCUCAAUCAACAAGGUGGUCAUUAAGGAGCUUCCCUCAAAGGUGGAGUCCGUGGAGAAGGCGCUUGGAGGAAUUGAUGUGGAGGCACGAAAGCUGGGAAAGUCCAUGGAGAAAAUCACAAAAGAUACCCGGCUUCUUCUGGACGACAACAGCGCCUUCUCCGAUACUCAGAAGAAGUGUGUUUCGGAGCUGGAAUCGCUCAAGCAGCAGCUCGUCAGACAACGAGAGGCAAUCAAUGCCAUCAAGUCGAAUGAAAUGGAUACCACGCCUGCUCUGGCUAUUCUGGGAGGCACUGUUGAACGAAUUGAUGGAGACUUGACAAGAUUGGCUGCUGAUCUGGAGAAACAAAGGAAGCUGGACUCCAAACAUAUCACUCAGCUAGUCACUGAGGCCAUUGAGAAGGCUGUGCCAGAGAACCGGCCUGAUUUAUUCAUCGAUACCAAACACCAAUUUGAAGAUUACAUUGCCUCUAUUGUUCCAGAAAUCAAGGCCGAAGUUCUGGAGAUUGUUUCUUCCUCUAAACAUGCCACUAACGACACGGUUGACUUCUCUGCUCUCAUUUCCAAAGCUGUGGCUCAAAAGGUGGCUGAAUUGGACUUGGAGUCUCUGUUUGUUAACCCCGACGAGCUCAAAACAGUUCUAAAUGAAGAGAUUGGACAGGUGAAGAGCCAUGUGGAUGCCAAGGUUGGAAAGGUGGAAACAGAAGUCGCACAAGUCAAGUCAGAGGUUGGCCAAGUCAAAUCGGAGGUGGACCACAUUCAGUCAAACAUCCGCCAUAUCGAGAGUGAGGUGGCUCAGGUUGAGGCCAACAAAACUUCCACAUCUCGAACACCUAGAGAAGAGGGGGUUGCAGAGAAAAUCAUUAACUUUGCCUCGCUGAUCAACGGGGCUCGAAUAGAUACAGAACGCACCACUGCUCUCUAUGAUCCCUGGAGUGGAAGUAACCCCGUGUACUGGGCAUUCCGAAGAUCUCUCUCUACUAUGGGCAUUGGAAAGCCUCUCGUCCGAAGACCCUGGGUGGCUCUCAUUGGGGACAUGUCUGGAGGAAGCUGCUGGCCUUUCAAUGGACGAAGGGGCCAACUGGCAGUCAAGCUGGCCGCCAAAAUGGUGCCCACUUCGUUCUCUCUACGACACGCAGUGGCAGCCGACGACAUGUUCCUGGGUUCAGCCCCGCGGUUCUUCAAUAUCUGGAUCAAGGUAGACGACUCCAAGCUCAGAGACCAGAUCAACACUGCGUCUGAAGCGUACCGCCCUUACAACAUUCCUUGGGACUACAUUCUGGUCGGCCAGUACGAAUUCGACCCUGCCGAGAAUGCCAAUUCAUGGUACCCAGUGCCCCAGAACAUCCGCAACCUCGAAAUCCAGACUGAGGAGACCAUUUUCGAGUUUGUUGAAAACUGGGGCCAUGACAGGUUUACUUGUGUGUAUCAAGUGGGUGUCCAUGGUGUUCAGGCCAUUUCAGAAGAGGAGGAAGUUGAAGCAGAGGUGAUUGAAGAGACUGAAGACAUCACAGCCGAAGAAGAUCAGGAAGAUCAGUCUGUUGUGAAAGACGUCUAG